ACCAGCAGGAGAGGAAAUUUAACGAGCAGCCAGUGAAGAAAAAAUAACAGGUACAAGCUUCAAGUGAAUUUUGUCGGAACAAGGAAGUUACAUAUAACCUCUCGACAGACUAAAGAAAUCAUUUUAUUGCUACAAGUGCAGAACAGUUUGGAGUAGUGUUUCAAUUCCGGAGGAUUUACUCAUAUCGUAUGCAAAGUUAUGGCACAAUACAUGGCAGACGAAAAUCACGGAGUUGGUAUUAUUAUCACUGGAGGAGCCAAAAGCAGGUUUAAACAUCCUCUUUUGAGUGAAGAUGAGUAUAUAAACACAAUAAAAGACGCAGCAAAGGCAGGUUAUUGUAUUUUGAAGAAUGGUGGCAAUGCUGUUGAAGCUGUUGAAAAAUCAGUUAGUGUUAUGGAGAAUUGUGAGUUAUUUGAGGCAGGUCGUGGAUCUUAUGUGAAUGCCAGCAGGGAAGUUGAAUGUGAUGCGAUUAUUAUGGAGGGACACACCUUAGAUACAGGUGCAGUAAUCUCAGGCCGAUAUUUUAAAAAUCCAGUUUGCCUUUCAAGAAACGUUUUGGAAGAAACACCACACUGUGCCCUUAGUGGUUAUGGUGCGUUAGAUUUUGCAAUAAGUAUCAAUUUUCCUUGUUGCGAACCGAAUGAAUUAAUAACAGAAGACAAAAUGCGAAAGCAUAUUUCUCACGAGCGUUUUAAUGACUACGUCGACUUUUUCUAUGAGGGAAAACCUAUUCCUGAUUGGGACAAUGAAAAUAGCGAUAAUGCAGAUACUGCAUGUGCUGUUGCAAUUGAUAAAAAUGGCAACUUGGCGUGUGCCACAUCAAAAGGAGGUAUCGCAGGGAAAGGUAAAGGUCGUGUUGGUGAUGCUGCAUUAGUUGGUUGUGGUGGAUAUGCAAAUGAUAAAGGAGAAGCUGCAACAACUGGUCAUGGAGAGAAGUUGAUAAAAUUAACUCUAGCACGUCAAGUUGUCAUUGAAAUGGAAAAUUGAAAAAAAUGCCCAGGAAGCAACGGAAGAAGCUGUAAAAUUACUUAAAGUAAAACUGAAGGGACAUGGAGGAGCUAUUGCGAUUGACAAAAACGGAUUUUUUUGGAAAAGCAUUUUCUACUCCCCUAAUGUCUUGGGCUAGCAUCAAAGAUGAUCAGUUGAUAGGGGGAUUUAAGAAAGAUGAAGAAGGAAAUGCAAAAUUACUGUAUAAUCAAAGACUGUAGAAUUAAUAAACCAAUGGCCAUUAUUUUAUAAUUCAGGAAAAUAUUUUCUUGAUAUAUAUAUUCAUAAUCAUGUACACAUAAAUAUUUAUUCCAAAACUCUGCACCAGUCGGCCAUAUCAUGUUUUUUCCACUCUUGAAAUUUAACAUUUGAAACUAACAAUACAAUAAAAUAUAAUCACAUAGUGUUCAGGGUGCUUACUGAAAACAAUAAAUACAAUAAAUGUCAUACAUUCCUUCAAAAUAUAGUAUAACUGAUUAAUAAAAAAACAAUAAUUGA